CCAUAAACUUACCAUAUCUCAUCACUACUUAAUCUUCCACCUCAUCUGAUUCCCCUGUUGCAUUGUUACCAUCAAUUCCACAUCAUGGCUUCUGCUGCUCUUUCAUCUCUGCAGGUUGGCUGCAGCAAGGGCUUCUCCGAGUUCUCCGGCCUCCGCACCUCCUCCGCUGCUCUCCCCUUCGCCAAGAGGACCAACGAGGACUUCGUCUCCGUCAUCGCCUUCCAAACCUCCGCUGUUGGUGGAGGCAACAGGAGGGGAGUGGUUGAGGCCAAGCUGAAAGUGGCCAUCAACGGCUUCGGAAGGAUCGGAAGGAACUUCCUGAGAUGCUGGCAUGGACGGAAAGACUCCCCUCUCGACGUCAUUGCCAUCAACGACACCGGCGGUGUUAAACAGGCCUCCCACCUCCUCAAAUACGACUCCACCCUCGGCAUCUUUGACGCCGACGUCAAGCCUGUUGGCACUGAUGGAAUCUCUGUUGAUGGCAAGGUCAUCAAAGUCGUCUCCGACCGCAACCCUUCCAACCUCCCUUGGGGGGAGUUGGGCAUUGAUCUUGUGAUCGAGGGAACUGGAGUGUUCGUCGACAGAGACGGCGCCGGGAAGCACAUCCAGGCCGGCGCGAAGAAGGUGCUCAUCACUGCCCCCGGCAAGGGAGACAUCCCCACCUACGUCGUUGGUGUCAACGCUGACGGCUACAGCCACAGCGACACCAUCAUCAGCAACGCCUCCUGCACCACCAACUGCCUCGCCCCAUUUGUCAAAGUCCUUGACAGCAAGUUCGGGAUCAUCAAGGGAACUAUGACCACCACCCACUCCUACACCGGAGACCAGAGGCUGCUGGACGCUAGCCACCGUGAUUUGAGGCGUGCCAGAGCGGCAGCGCUCAACAUUGUGCCUACUUCCACGGGGGCAGCUAAGGCCGUGGCGCUUGUGCUCCCCCAGCUCAAGGGCAAGCUCAAUGGCAUUGCUCUUCGUGUCCCAACACCCAAUGUGUCUGUGGUGGACCUCGUGGUGCAGGUCGAGAAGAAGACCUUUGCUGAGGAAGUGAACGAGGCUUUCAGGGCGUCCGCCAGCAAUGAGCUCAGCGGCAUCCUGUCCGUGUGCGAUGAACCUCUCGUCUCAGUCGACUUCCGCUGCAGUGAUGUCUCCUCCACUGUGGAUUCAUCGCUCACCAUGGUGAUGGGAGAUGACAUGGUGAAGGUGAUUGCUUGGUAUGACAAUGAGUGGGGAUACUCACAGAGGGUGGUGGAUCUUGCUGAUAUUGUUGCUAACAACUGGAAAUGAUGAGAGGGAUUCUUUCUCUAUUGUUUGUAGACUACUCUUGUCUCAUUUCGAAUUUGUAUUGCUGAAGCAAACAAUUUUCCAUCCUGCUUAUUACUAUAUGUUACAUACUUCCACUUUUCUUAUAAAGAUCAACAUUUAUUUGCAUA